AUGUCCUGGGGUGAGCCGUUGGUGCACCUAGACGAAAACGUGUCGGUGCUCUUCAUCAUCAGCACCCUGGUGCUUCUGGCUGGCGACAAGAAGUACCUGUUUGUGGUUUCGCCAGACGACUCGGUGGAGACGACGCUCUCGAGUCUUUUCAAGAUCUGUUCACAGCGGGCCCACGAGCCUUUGGAAUACGGCAAUAUCGACCAUCUCCAGCUACCGAAUGGAAGAAAACUACGGCCUCUGCAGUUUGGGCAUCCGAUUCUGGCCUUUAUUGGCCAGGACGACCGGAUCUUGGUGAAGAUGCGGUUUUCAUGGCAGCGGGAGUUGGCUGACGGCAUGGCGUACUUUGUGGUUUUCUUUGUAUUGGCUGCUUUGGUGUUGUUUGUGGUUUUACAGCUUGCCCUGAUCGCCCGUAGUCUACGGACGGCCUAA